GCGUUCGUCUCAAGUUUCGUCUAUCCUAAAAAGCACCCUCUAUCACGUACGCGCACUGCGCCACGACCUUUAAUGGGCGCAGCUUCCCUGGAACCCAAUUACUCCCCCAACUUCGGAUGGAGAUUGUCUCUAUUCGAUCUUGCUAGCCAAACGAUAUUUUUCCAUUUUUUUUUUUAGUGAAUAAACCAAUAUAGAAACAAAGGAGAUAGCUCUACCAACAAAAUGUACUUCGCGUGGCGUUCGAAGCGGGAACUUGAUUAGAAAAAUUAUUGUUUCAUUCGUAUCGAACAAAGGUAUAUAUACGGGAAACGCGAGCUGUGUUUACCCUGGAAGUGUUUGUCAUUUUGUGAGAGUUCCAUGUCUCUGAAUCGUUUCUAAAUGCUUUCUCGACGUCUGUUGAGGGUGAUGUGCGGAGGAGUGUACGAUGUCCCGUAAAUGGUAUUCGUUGAAGAGACCAAAGAAAGUGUGAAGAGUUCGAGACCCUCUUAAUUAGAUAGGUGCAUUUUGGUUUUGUUCGUUGGGACUAAUCUUAACAGUGUACGCUGGAUUUACGAUGAUCAUGUAUACAGUCGCGGAAGAUCACAUGGGCGAUACUGAGAUCGCACAGGUGAUAGCAUUCAUAUGUGGAAUAAUAGUAAUAUUAUUAAUGAUAAUGGGUUUAGCCUCUACCGACUGGUUAAUGGCAUUGGGAUGGAGACAAGGUCUAUUUGCACAUUGCAUUGAAGAAGCAGCACCUACUCCUCUCCCAUUUAAUGUGCCAGAUUCGGCAGGAUGUUUCCAAGCUAGAGACGUUGCUUAUAUAAAAGCAGCUGCUGCCUUAUGUGUCGUAUGUCUAAUAACAGAUAUUGCAGCAACGAUCCUCACUGGUCUUGGUUUGAGGUCACAAGAUAAUCGUGACAAACAUAAAUAUUAUAGAUUUGCAGUCUUCUGCAUGGGAUUUGCAUUGGUAUCACUCUUAAUAGCUUUAGUAAUAUACCCAGUGUGUUUUGCUGCAGAACUUAACUUUGGAAACCGAUCAAUGUGGGAAUUUGGUUGGGCAUACGGAGUUGGUUGGGGUGCAGCUAUAUUUUUGUUUGGUGGAGCAGUGUUGUUAUUAUGCGAUAAGGAAAGCGAAGAAAUUUAUUACAAAGAAAGAAAAAUCGUUCGCGAUGAUGUCGGUGGCGGCGGUUCUAUGAUUGGUAUGGGACAUCAUGGUGGACGAAGUGGGACGCAAUUAGCCUAGUGGCAUUGCUCCCUGCCCGACGUUGUUCUCUAGGUGAUUAAUUUCUUCUUUUUCUGUCCUCACCAUUUGAUACAUUUAUGGAGAAAAACGUACACAUGUAUAAGAGUGAAUGGUUUUUAUAUAUAGUCUACUUGUUACACCAACAUGUAUUGGACAUAAUUAUCACUUUGAUAUAGGAUGUAUGAAACAUCUUAUCGACGAAAACAAGGUUCGUAAAUUGACUGAAACUUGAUUAAUUCGUUCGUGGGUUACCAAUUUCCAAUUUCUCAUAGUAACAAUUUUGGGACCAUUGCUCCAUUCAGUUUAUUAUAAAAUUAUGUGUUAUGUAUAUUAUAUAACUAUAAAUAUUUUUUAUGUAGUAUGUUUACAUCAUUCCUUUUACAUUUGUUAAUUAACUUUUCAUACCAUUAUUACAAUGGUAGCAUUGAUGUUGCGUUUCUUACCUGUGAAACAUUACAACAAAGCCACAAUUAUUAUUGCUUAUUUUUAAAGUAAAGUGACAAAAGCCACAAUCAUUAUUGCUUACUUUUAAAGUAAAGUGACAAGCAAUAUUUUUAAUAUGAAUUACUCAAUCUGCUAGCAUUUAUAACUUUUUGUUAGAGUUUAUUACUGUGCCUGCAUCAACAAUAUAUUAUCGUAUUUGGCCGACGUUAAAAAUGAGAUUUGCCGUUCGAAAAUAGCAAACAAUACCGGAGUACUUAAAUAAAGUUUGAUACUUCUUCAUUUAUGAAGAUUUAGGCAAAGAUUCCAGUAACAAAAAGUUAAAAAACGUACGAGUAA